UGGGCUUCCUUCUUACCCUUUAUUAUCCUUAGUGUUUAUCUUUUUUUUUUAUACUACGGCGGCACCGGGUGUGGAGGCCGGAGAGGACUUGCCAGUGUGAGGAUGGAAGCGCAGCCUAUUUGGCUUAAUAAUAAUGAGUUGGAGAAGGGGAAAUCUUUGACUUUGUUCUAUAACUAUUACCGGAUAGAGGAGAAGAUUUCGACAUUUGAAUAUGGGAAGCAUGGGGAGGAGCAUGGCGAGGUUCAGCAUGUUUGCAGAUCUUUGACUCUGGAUGAAAUGAUUGAGCGUGCACUCUUGCAUGAUGACAAGGAUGAAUUUGUCCCUCUGAUAAACGAGAAUUAUGAAAGCACAAAAGACGUGCCGGGUUGGAUUUUGGAACAGAUGUUUGCAUUCGAUUCUUCGAAAUGUUUUGCUGCUGUGAUCAAUGGAGAAACUGGAACCAAAUUUUGUUUACGUAACCAUGAGUCGUUUUCGGGUUGUAGCAGACCUCCUCUUUUGCAUUUGGCAGCUUAUUUUUCAUCUGUUGGAAUAACUAAGUGGUUGCUGGCUAAUGGGGAUGCAGAGGGAGCAAAUUAUAUGUGUGAAAGUGAUUUUUAUCAUAUGAAGGAUAUGCUGCCAAUAGAUGUUGCCCUUUUAUCUGUAAGGAGUGGAAUACAAUUGAAUGGUUGGACUAGACAAGAAUCAAUUUUCAGUCUCUUCUUCGGUCUUUUGAGAGGCGAAAAGCGUAGAAGUAUGGAAGUCUUGAGAUUGCUUGCACAGCAUACAAAUGAGAUUAGGGAGCAAUUUUUCAAAUAUACUAAGCCAGGCAAACUUGUUGAUGUAGCUGCCCUUUUGUUAGUAGCUCAUCAAAAGCUUAUGCCUCUAAAUGUCACUAAGGAAAUGCAUGGCCUUCCUUUAGCUGGAGAACAGUCUGACAUCACAAAAUUUGUUGCAUGCAAGAUUUCAAGAAUAGAUAUUCUUCAAAAGAGAUCAUUGUACUCUGAUGUUGACAAUGAGCUCCUGCAAGAAUGGAAGGAUAUGAAGGCUCGUAUGAAGAUGAUCUUACUGUUGUUUAAGAUAUUUGAGAAUAUUGGUCAUUCUCUAAGCGCAUUUCUCCAGCUAGACCCAGAUCAGGAAGAAGCUAGAUUGGCAGCAAAACUUGCCUGGAUCUUCGAGCAAACAGGAUUGCAUGUAAAGGACCGAGAUAUCCAUGGUGUUUGCAGGUUUUGGUACUAUUAACCUUUUG